CGAUAUUAAAAAUUGUUCCUCGCACCGGACACCGCACAUGAUACAUUACAUGAAACUGAUUUUUUGCUUGCAUUACUUUAAAUCGAACGAAAUACUGCCAGAACUUAUUAAUCACAAUUGAAUGCAAUGUGAUUUAAUAAAUUGAAUUAUAUAGUUUUUUUUAUUCGUAAUCAAGUGCAAAUACAGUGCUGGAAAAGUGUAAAGUGACUUUGAUAUAAGAAGAGAAUAUAUUUUCAGUGACUUUUUUCCCCUAAAUUGUUCGUCAAGACUUGCAUUUCAACAGGUGUGCGAAGUUUUUUCCUGUUGGUUUUUGGCGGAGGAUAUAUAUCUUUCGAGCAGAUUAACCGAAUUUGAAUUGAAUCGAAAAAAGGAUUAUUUUUCCUUUCCAAAGGAUAACGGUUAUUUACUGGACUUAUAUACACUUAAUAAAUUAGGUGCUUCUCCUGCCAACAAAACCAUGUGCAUAUGAACUACUAUCGAAACAUUUUUAGUCACACACUCAAUAUUCAAACUAUAUACGAAACUACAAAAUUAGCAACAAAAACAAAAUGCGUAAAAAACAGAAACUUUUGCCGAGCAUAUCGGAAGUUUUGUUCUUAGUUAUUCUAAUAAGGAUUGCAUCUGUGUUCGGUCAAACAACAUGUAAUAAUGGACAAGGUAGAGUGCUAUAUGAACGUUUGCCAAAUCAGCAGUUACAAGGUUUCGAUGAUGAUAUGGUUCGUGAGACAUUGCCACCAUUUCGAGUGCUGGAAAAAUGUCAAGACUUAUGCUUACGGGAUCGUACUGCAUCCAAUAAUUUGGUUCGUGCAUGUACAAGUUUUGAUUUUCAACCGGGCAGCCGAAUUGCAUCGUACAGCGGUAGUCCGGAAUAUGAGGAAUCAACAUGUUAUCUAACACGCGAACAGCCAGCUCCAGAGGGCAUUGGCAUAUUAAUGUUGGUGCCGAACAGUGUUCAUUUUACAGAAAUUUGCUUGGCCUCAAGCCGACCUGAACGUGAGUGUCCUAGUCGAAGAUAUGUAUUCGAAAGACAUCCACGCAAAAAACUUAAACUGCCCGUAUCGGAUAUUAAAGAAAUAACGGCCGCAAAUCGAUCCGAUUGUGAAGACAAAUGUUUGAAUGAAUUUUCGUUUGUGUGCCGUUCAGCAAAUUACGAUUCAAACUUGCGCAGUUGUUCACUCAGUCGGUUUACACGUCGUACACAUCCCGAACUCAUGGAAGACGAUCCCAAUUCAGAUUAUCUGGAAAACACUUGCUUAAAUGCCGAACGACGAUGUGAUGGUUUGGCGGUAUUUGUAAAAGAGGAAAACAAAAGACUCGGCGGUCCAUUCGAAGUGGAUAUAUUCAAUAAUAUGACGCUAGAAGAGUGCCAAACGAUGUGCGUUCGAGCUGAAAAGUAUUUUUGUCGUUCGGUUGAGUUUGAUGAUCAAACAAAACAGUGUAUACUAUCUGAAGAAGAUUCGAUAUCGCAAAAGGAUGACAUAAGUGUGAGCUCAAGUCCGACACAUCAUUUUUACGAUCUCGUUUGUUUGGAUAACCAACGCGGUCAAGAAUAUCCAGACAACUCAGGUACAUCGCAUUUAUUUUCUGGUGGCAGACGACCUGAUACAGCAUUUCAACGAUAUCGCAAUUCACGUUUGGGUGGUGAAUUUCAUUCGGAAAUUACUGGACGUUCGUUGAGCGAAUGUUUAGACGAAUGCUUACGUCAAACCAGUUUCCAAUGCCGAUCGGCCGUUUACUCAGAUCGAUUUAGAACGUGUCGAUUAAGCCGUUACAAUCAAAAGGAUGGAAUGCGCAUUAUUUAUGAUGCCGACUAUGAUUAUUAUGAAAAUUUAAUGCUAGGUGGAGAUGGAGACGAUCGUGAUCGGCCAAACAUGAACAGACCCGAUUGGCAACAACCGCCUUAUUAUGGCGAUCGUGAUCGAGACCGUGACAGAGAUAGAGAUCGUAAUCGGUUCCCAAGCAAAUAUCCAGAUGAUGAUCGUUAUGGCGGACCGAAUCGUUAUCCGAUGACACCCGAACGCUAUCCGAUGAAUGGUUAUCGACCAGACACCAGUGGAUAUGACGAACGAUAUCCUGACUAUAUGGGAUACGGCGGCGGCGGUGGUAGUGGCAGUGGAGGUGAUGGAUAUGGCGGUGGAAGUGGAGGCAUGAUGGGCGGCGGAGGUGCUGGCGGCGGCGGUUACCGACCAUAUGAUCGAUAUCCAUACGAUGAUCGGUAUCGACCAGACGAUCGAUAUAAUAGCAUUGGUGGAGGUGGUGGGAGAUACCGACCGGAUGAUCGAUAUCGUCCCGAUGAUCGUUACGGUGGAAUGUUUCCACCAACGCGUCGCAUUCCGCCAAGAUAUCCACCAUCUAGGUAUCCACCAAUGGACAAUGGCAUUGGUGGUGGUGGCGGCAGUGAUAUGGGCGGUCGAUAUUAUCCGGAAAAUCGGUAUCCAGAAUCAAGACCCGAUCGUUACCCAACCGAAACCGAUGGCCGAUAUUAUCCAACAACUGUAACUGGCACACGGUAUCCAACAUCUGAUAACCGCUUCCCGGUGGGUAACGACCGUAGUCCGAUUUUCAUUCUCAAGUACGGCAAUCGAUAUGGAGGAGGAGGUGGAUCAGGAGCAGGAGGCUCAGGCUAUGACCGAUAUGGGCCACCGCCGAUGUAUGAUCGAGGUUAUAAUCGAUUUAAUCAACGAGAUCCUUAUUACUAUGAACGUGCAAGACCUGGAGCCGCAUUUCCACCAUAUGAAAUUCCAUAUCGUCCAAGUGUUGGUAUGGGCUAUGAUAAUUCGGUGAAUAGCCAAUUUGGUGAUGGUUUCGGUGGUUAUGGACCACCACGACCGGCAUCACGUUGUGAAGAUGCCGAUACAUUCAAACAGAUUGGAUCAAGGCAACGUAUACGACGUCAAUACAUUCGACGCAUAAUACCAGCACCAUCGCUAUUGCAUUGUCAACGUGAAUGCAUCGAAGCUAAAGAUUUUGUAUGCCGUAGCUUUAACUAUCGCGAUACAUCGUUGUUAUAUGAAAAUGAUGCAGCUGCAUCGAACAAUGCUGGCCGUGAACGUGAACGCGAAGUAACCAAUUGUGAACUAAGCGACCGAGAUACAAGGGAAUUAGAUAUGCACAAUCCAACCAAUUUCGAUACGAGUAGCUUUGACUAUUAUGAACGCAGUAAUGCUAGAAGUGGUUCCGACAGUGAAUGCUUAGAUGUUUCACAAACUUGCAAUGAAGAUGGUAUGGAAUUCACGCUGAGAACACCGGAAGGAUUUUAUGGGCGAAUUUAUACAUACGGAUUUUAUGAUCGGUGUUUCUUCCGUGGAAGUGGAGGUACUGUGAAUGUUCUUCGAAUCAGCGGCACUCAAGGUUAUCCGGAAUGUGGCACACAAAGGUACGGUGACACAAUGACGAACAUUGUGGUUGUGCAAUUCUCCGAUAAUGUACAAACUGGUCGUGAUAAGCGUUUCAACUUGACUUGCAUAUUCCGUGGUCCGGGCGAGGCAGUCGUUACAUCUGGAUACAUUGGGGCUGGAAGUUUUAACAAUAUUGACAGAUCGGGAAGCCCAAUUCCAAUCGAAUAUUUGCCGGCCGAAAAUACACUCAGCUCAAAAGUACGGCUUAUGAUCCUCUAUCAGAAUCGACCAACCACAACAAUUGCUGUCGGUGAUCCGCUAACACUUCGCAUUGAAGCACAAGACGGUUAUAAUCAAUUGACCGACAUCUUUGCAACGAACGUCGUAGCAAGAGAUCCAUACUCAGGACGAAGUAUUCAAUUGAUUGAUCGUUAUGGAUGUCCAGUCGAUCCAUUUGUUUUCCCUGAAUUGGAUAAAUUGCGAAGUGGUGAUCAGCUUGAAGCACGUUUCAAUGCAUUUAAAAUACCCGAAUCAAAUUUCCUUGUGUUUGAGGCAACUGUGCGUACAUGCCGCGAAGGAUGUCAACCGGCCUACUGUCAAAGUCCAGCCGGUCGAAAUGAACCGUCUUUCGGUCGUCGAAAACGUUCACUCAAUGAUACAAUCGAUGACAAUGAAGUGUCUGAAACGAUACGAAUCAAUGGAACAUUGAUAAGUGCACCAAAACGAAAUGCAACUGAUGACAAUGAUGACGAUGAUUCCAUUGAUUUUCCGGAACAAGUGCGCGAAAUGAUUGAAGUGUUUGAAUCACGCGAAGAAAUUGAAAAUGAAUCAGUACCAAGAAAAUUGGUUGCACCAUCUGAAACGCUAUGCAUUUCACCAUCUGAAUAUCAUGGUUUGGUUGUGGCCAUUGUUUUGUUAAUGUUACUCUUGUUCAGUAUAACAUUGGCGGCUGGAUUGGCAUAUCGUCGUUACUGGAAAACAAUGCUAAAGAAUCGAUCGUUUGAUACAUCGUCGCCGGUUCAUUCAUUUGUACCAUCGGCACUGCAUCAAAAUAUGAAUGUAUCCAGUCAUCAAUUUAAUGCAUCCACACGGCAUGCGGCAUCACUUGGAAUCGGUUCAUCAAGUGGCGGUCAUUUGAGCGGCAUUCGACCAAGUUUAUCACUCAUAAAUGGAACACUCCAAAAAACUUUUGCUACUGGAAAUUUGGCGCGCAUAAUCAAAAACGAAAAUACAGCCACUGAAUUUGAUGAUCCAAGUGAACCCAUUUACACCGAUCCAUCAAUGUUUGAACGUUCCAGAGUUUAACGCACGAUCAUUGUGUUUUCAGAUCGAUGAAUAGCAUUUCGAUUGAUCAACCAUAAAACGAUACAAGCAGACAAAUUGCAGCGACAACAUUUUGGAACAAAAAAAAAUUUAAAAAAAAACAAGAAAUUUUUUUAUUAUAGUUGGCAAAAAAACAUAAUUUGUAAUCUCAAGUAAUAUUUUGGAAAAGAGAAAAGUUUUCAGUAUUAGUUAUAGUAGAAUUUAGUGUAAAAGUAGCAAGAAUCAGAAAAAACAUGAAAACGCACAAACAUUCAAAACAAAAAAAAAACUAAUUAGUUUAUAGAGAAUCAUUGAAAUUUCCUUUUUUUCGGCUUAAUUAAAUAUCACGCAUCCACAUCAUGACAUAACUAAUGAACAAUACAAAUAGCAUAUAUUUUUGUUAUAGCUGUUUUCAACAUUUUCAUGAACCGAUCGACCCCCACCCCAAAAAAAAUGAAGUACUUAAUAAUCUUUCUUAUUUCAAUGGAAUUUUACAUUUAAAAAAGCUCAUGUUUUUUUUAGAUUCUGUGAUGUUGAAUAAUAUUUUAUGGCGAUGUUCAGCGAUAGUCCAGAGACUGAAUUCGGCCAUUGUUUUUCGGUAUAUUUAUCAACUAAAUUGAUGAAUGUAUCGCAAAAUGAUUCCUGAUUGAAUUGCGCUGAUUAUUUCUUCUAACCAAUUCGUCCCUUCAAUAUUGAGCACAUAUAACAUUUUAUCUUCUGCAGGAAACGCCAAAACUUGAACGUGUGCAUAUCUAAAUUGUGAGUUUCAUUCGAUACCUCAGACUGAUGUCAUCGAAACAGUGCAAUGAAUUAAUAUCGACCUUGAACAAUUUCAACAAUUUCUUUUCUCCAAAAUUAAGAGAAACAUGAUAGCAGACAAAACAAAACGAAAAACUGAACAUGAUUUGACACACAACGCAUAAACAAAAUGAAAUUGUGGGCGUACAUCAAACUUGCACAUUAUUAUUUUUUUCUUCUUUUUUUCUCUCUCGUCAAAUAAAAAGAAAACCGUGUACAUACUGUAAUUUUCUCUGAAAAUUAUCUUCCAUCUUCUUGUCAAAAUGUCAACAACAGAACGGUUCAAAACAUAAUAAAGCUGAACUCUCAUAUUACAUCAUUCGGUACGCAUUGUACUAAACUAGAAUAGUUUUUACAUUUUGUUCGAUGCACGAGUUCUACAAGAUAAAUCUCUGCUCAUUGUUUGAAAGUCAAACUUUAUAUUGAGCUCAUAUUUCUUUUCUUUUGCCUGAUCAAUAAUGUGUAGCGUCAAAAUGAAAUAAGCAAGCAGUCCGACAGUUCUUCUCUUCACAAUUUAGAAUUGCAUACACAAUUUAAAACUAAAAGUACAUUUAUAUCGAUUAACUUUCAUGGCAACUGAUUUUCUUUUUUCGAUUUGAAUUUGAUUUAAAACGAAAAACAAUGUUGAAUUAGUUUUGCAAAUGAACCCGCACCCAAAAAAAUAAAAACGAGAAAAAAUGAAAAAAAAAACAGCAACAACAAAAUCCAUUCCAAUUGAUCACUUCUAUUGAGAAUUGAUGCUUUAAUCUUAAUUAUGUAAGAGUAAAUUAUAUUUAAAAUGUAUUUUUAGACUCUGAAUUAAUAAUGCAUAUUCGUUUCUUUUUGAAUUUGCAACAAAUUUGCAUUGUACGCACCCCCUCAUUUACUAUUAUAAUGAUUUGAUAAUGUAUGAUCUUAAGAUUGAUUGACGAUGAUGAUGACGAGGCGGAAAGUAAAAGCUGAGAAAGCAAUUUAAACAUUAAACAAUAAACUACCUUCUAUAGAGCAAACUAUUAAAUCUUAAGUUCCAACAAAAGCAACAACAACAAUUCUAUCUAUACGAUUCCUUCUAACGAUUACAUUGUCAAGAAUAUGCGCCGUCCAUUUUGAUGAAUGUAUUCUAUUUGUAACUUUUAAAAUAUAUAAUAAUGCAUCAAUUUUAUAUAAUCAGA